CUCUACAGGAUGAAUAACAGCACUCUUCGGGUGUACUGGUGCUCUUCUCCUGGCCUGUACAACUACACAGCCGACCUGUAUGGCACCAGAUCCAACUACACCUGCAGUACGACACAUGGGGCUAAUGGAUGUGUCAUCUCCAAGAUCCUGUGUGGGGAAGUGUACACCGUCGUGGUCGCUCCCUUAACACAGGAGGGUUCGAAGGUCACAUACUGCCCCAGAAAACUCUACUCAGUCUCCUGUUCUGGAAACACCGUGGGAAUGGUGAUCUAUCGAGGCCGAAGAAGUGUGGCCUAAAACCGUAUUGGCACAGAUGAAAGAAGAUGGAGCUCUGACGUCAUCAACGGAGACAACAGGCCAUUCUCUUCUCUCUGCUUUCAUCUCGCCACAUUUAUAUACUGUUUUCCAGCAAUACCUAUAACAAUUGUCUCAAUAAAAAUGUAUGUGUAUCUUUAAGAUCUUUAAAACGUGAAAGCAAAAAUAUAUAUUUUUCAAUCAAAUUGUUAACCAUUUCUAAAUGUGUGCUAUUUUAUACAUUCAUUUCCUUUGUAUUAGGAAGUUUGCAUUCAUACUUUAAUUGUCUCAUACUCAAAGCAUGUCAUGAAGCCCAAAUGUUUACAUGUCCAAAAAGUAAGUAAUAUCAUAAUGAAAAGAAAAAUGUCUAUGUUAAUGUAGCAUAAUGACUUGAACAACACUUGUAGGAAGUCCCCUAAGCAGCAAGCCUCCAAAUGAGUGGACCAGUGUGUUUUAUAAAGGGUAGGGCGGACCUCUUCAGAACUAGGAUGAGAAAUCUGAACUGUUCAGUGUCCGCCCCAGGUCAUAUGUGUCCUUUGGAUGAUAUAUUACAAUGAAUUUGCAAAAUAUGUAUGUUUACUAACGGCCUACAGCCUGAGAACCUCAAUGCAAUAGCAGCCUUUAGUACUCUUAAUAAACUGCAUGAAGCAUUA